AUGCGGGCGCUGAGGGCGCUGCGGCCCCGCAGGCUCCUGGCGAUGGCGGCGGCGGCGGCGGCGGCGGCCGCGGGGUCGGCGGGGGCGCGGCGGGGCCCGGUGCUGACCCCCGAGUCCAUGAACCCCGCGGUUCGGCGCGUGGAGUACGCGGUGCGCGGCCCCAUCGUCAUCCGCGCCAUGGAGAUCGAGCAGGAGCUGCGCAAGGGUGUCCCCAAGCCCUUCUCGGAGGUGAUCAAGGCCAACAUCGGUGACGCCCACGCCAUGGGCCAGCAGCCAAUCACCUUCCUGCGCCAGGUGGCGGCGCUGUGCCUGUGCCCGGAGCUGAUGAAGGACGAGUCCCUGCCCAGCGACGCCAAGGAGCGCGCGCAGCGCCUGCUGGGGGCCUGCGGGGGACAGAGCGUGGGCGCGUACAGCGCCAGCCCCGGGGUGCAGCUGGUCCGCGAGGACGUGGCGCGUUACAUCGAGCGCCGCGACGGCGUCCCCGCCCAGCCCGACAACAUCUUCCUGUCCACGGGCGCCAGCGACGCCAUCGUGAACAUUCUGAAGCUGCUGGUGUGCGGCUCGGGCUCGUCGCGCACGGGGGUGCUGAUCCCGAUCCCGCAGUACCCGCUGUACUCGGCGGCGCUGGCCGAGCUGGAGGCGGCGCAGGUCAAUUAUUACCUGGCCGAGGAGCGCUGCUGGGCGCUGGACGUGGCCGAGCUGCGGCGGGCGCUGGCCGAGGGCCGCCGGCGCUGCAACCCCCGGGCGCUGUGCAUCAUCAACCCCGGCAACCCCACCGGCCAGGUGCAGAGCCGCGAGUGCAUCGAGCAGGUCAUCAAGUUCGCCUACGAGGAGAAGCUCUUCCUGCUGGCCGAUGAGGUGUACCAGGACAACGUCUACGCCGAGGGCUCGGCCUUCCACUCCUUCAAGAAGGUCCUGAUGGAGCUGGGGCCGCCCUACGCGGACUCGGUGGAGCUGGCCUCCUUCCACUCCAUCUCCAAGGGAUUCAUGGGAGAGUGCGGCCUGCGGGGCGGCUACAUGGAGGUGGUGAACCUGCACCCCGAGGUGAAGGCCGAGCUCUCCAAGCUCGUGUCCGUCCGUCUGUGCCCGCCCGUGCUCGGACAGAUGAUCCUGGACACCAUCGUGGACCCGCCCAAGCCCGGAGAGCCGUCCUACGAGCGCUUCCAGGCGGAGAAGGAGGCGGUGCUGAGCGCGCUGGCGGAGAAGGCGCGGAUGACGGAGGAGAUCUUCAACCGCACGCCCGGGAUCCACUGCAACCCCGUGCAGGGCGCCAUGUACUCCUUCCCCCGCAUCGACCUGCCGCCCCGCGCCGUGGCCGCCGCCAAGGAGAAGAAGCAGAGCCCGGACAUGUUCUUCUGCAUGAGGCUCCUGGAGGAAACCGGGAUCUGCGUCGUCCCCGGCAGCGGCUUCGGACAGAAGGAGGGCACCUACCACUUCCGGAUGACGAUCCUGCCGCCCCCGGAGAAGCUGCGGAUCCUUCUGGACAAGCUCAGCUCCUUCUACACCAAAUUCGUCCAGGAAUUCUCUUAACCGGGGGGGGGGCGGUGGCCACGCCCCCUUUGUCCCCUCCCUUUGUCCCCUCCCUGUCCCCUCCCUGUCCCCUCCCGUGUCCCCCGGGCGCCUUUUUCCGUUUUUUGGGAAUGGCGGGGCAGGUCCCCCGCCCCUCCCGUGUCCCCAAAUAAAGGACAGUGACCGGC